AAUUAGUAGGUAUGCACCAAGGUGUAUUCACUCUGCUCCUAUGUUCAGAAAUAUGCUGCCAUCUGUCAGAAUAUUACGGCACACAGUUCUAUGAGUUGUGAUACGAAUACGUGAUUGCCAUGGUAAUAAAGAUUGUUUACACACUGAUUGCAGCACUGAAUAGAUCAAAAGUGUCGCACAGUUAAAUCUGUCACGGCCAAAGGACAAGCUGUGCUGAUCUAGAUAAUAUAUCGUUCGGAGAGUUACCACGAGAACCUGUUACAAGAGGACAAUGGAUAACGGAGCAUCUGACGAGGGUUUCGAGGAAGUAGAAUACGUACCAGAGGAUGAGAGCCCGAAGCAAGUGAUUUUGACGCGCUUAGCAAUUUCUCAAGAAAUGCUAAAAAGGGUAGAACGUGAAUUGGGCCUGAUAAGACUUUGCUGGCCGACCGAGGACAUUAUACUCGAUAGCGUUGUUGAGGAGGAGUUACCUGUGAGCUAUAAGGAAAAUAAUAAUAAGGAAAGACUCCUGCUGUGGUAUGCAGAAAACUUUAGAAAACAGUACCAUACCAUCUACAGGGACAGAAAGCCUUUACUCAUGGUGUGCGAGAACGAGAGCGGUAUUCAGGUAUAAUAACGUUAAUAAAAUAACGGCCGUUGACCGUUACAAAUUUAUGAAAAUAUUAUAAAACUUAAUUAGGUGCUUGUCGACGGUAAAAAGAAUUAG